AAUAAUAAUAAUAAUAAUAAUAAACAAUAUGAAUGAGUCAUUUAUACAAAAUAAUCAAUCAAUAUCUUCAAUUUCUAAUCAAAAUAUUAAUAUAUCCAAUGAUAAUCAAUUUAUUAUAGAAUGGAGUUUAACUAAUCUUUCCACAAAGAAUACAUCACAACAAAUUUAUUAUUUUUUCAAUCAUUAUGUGAAUACUUUAUUAAAAAAUCCAUAUAAACGAGUAUUAUUAUCAUUGUAUAUAAUCAUAUUAAUAUUUGGUACAUUCAUUAAUUUAUUAUUAAUAUAUACAAUUAAAAAAUUACGUAAUCCAAAAUCUUUAGCUAAUAGACGAAUGUUAUUAAUACGUGUAUUAUGUGAUUUAGCAUUAGCAUGGUUUGGUGUACCAUAUACAGCUUAUACAGCUGUAUAUAAAAAUUGGUUAUUAGGCAAUAUAAUGUGUAAAAUUUCUGCAUUUCUUAUUUAUUUUAUUGUUGCAUUAAAUAAUUUUUUACUUGUUGCUAUAUGUUUAAAUCGUAGUGUAGGAAUAAGUCAAAAUGGUAAACAUUUAACUGAUCCAACAGUUAGUGUACCAUGUCGAGUAAAAUGUUUAUUAGUUGCAGCUGGAUUAUUAGCAUUAAUUAUUGCAUUUCCUGGUGGAAUUGUUAGUGAACAAGUACAAAUUAAAUUACCUGAAACAAUGAAAAUAUAUUUUGAUUUAAAUACAGAUAUAUCAGAAAUGAUACCUAUGAUAUGCAUGGAUUCCUGGUCUCGUGAAGCUCAGCUUGCGUAUGAUGUUAUUUUAAUAGUAGCAAUAUAUGUUUUACCACUGAUAGUUGUAUGUUUAAGUCAACAUGUCGUCACAGUUCAUUUGAAACAGUCACAAAGGCUAUUAAUGCUUUCUGGAUAUCGUAAUACAACAGCAUGGACAAGAAGACGUCAGCGUCUCACAAGACUAUGUGUGUUAAUGGCAGCGCUGUUUGUUUUAUCUUGGUCACCGAACCAUGUAUGUAAUCUGUUGACAAAAACAUUUCAUAUUAACUAUCCAGUAACUGAAAUUUUACUUGAUUAUUCAAUGUGUUUAGCUAUGUCAAAUGCUGUAACAGGUCCGUUAUUAUUAAUUGCCACAUGCUCAAACUAUCAUCGUUAUAUAUUUCGCUUCUUCUAUCGAUCAUCAAUGACAAGCCACUCUACUACAAGUUAUUCAAUGCCAGCUAAUUCUAUACAUUCAUCAACUGGAAUAGGUUUACCAAUCGAAACAUUUCCAACUAUUCAUAAUCGUGUGCGCAAACAAAAACUAAAAAUCACUGCGGAUUCACGUACAUUAGAAAUGGUUGGAAAUGAAUGUGACUCUAAUUAACCAUUGAUAGCAAAAUCAAAAUCUUUUUAUUGUGAAUAUUUUUACUGUUUGUGAUCAAGAUGUUUGCUUUUGUCAUUAUAGACGUCAGUGAACAAGCGGUAGUGAUACAAACAAAAAACAAUGAAGUGAAAAAUAUAUCUGAAAGCAUAUUGAUUGUUAUGUUAAAAUAAUUCUUUCAAUUUUUUUCAUUAACGAACUUUUGUGUCGUAUUCGAUGUCGUUUUUUGAUAUACCGUCAUGGAUAUAUAACAGAUAAUAAAUAUAUAUAUUUUCACAAUGGA